CAAGGAGCCGCGUGGCCCACAACUAACCUCUGCCCCGUUGCCGCGAGGGAGCGCGGGAAAUCCCGGGUGCAGCUGGAAUUUCGCAGGUGGUGAGGACCAUGGCCACCUCUUCGGUGUCCAAGGGUUGUUUUGUGUUUAAGCCAAACUUCAAGAAGAGAAAGAUCUCUGUGCCAAUAGAGGACUAUUUUAAUAAAGGGAAAAAUGAGUCUGAGGACAGUAAGCUUCGCUUUGAAACUUACCAGUUGAUAUGGCAGCAGAUGAAAUCUGAAACUGAGCGACUACAAGAGGAAUUAAAUAAAAACCUGUUUGACAGUCUAAUUGAAUUUCUGCAGAAGUCUCAUUCUGGGUUCCAGAAGAAUUCAAGAGACUGGGGCUGUCAAAUAAAACUCAGAGAAAUUCCAACUGCUGCUCUUGUUCUAGGUGUGAAUGUAACAGAUCAUGAUUUAACAUUCAGAAGUCUAACAGAAGUCCUUCAGAAUAAUGUUACUCCAUAUGUAGUUUCAUUGCAAGCUAAAGAUUGUCCAGAUAUGAAACAUUUUUUGCAAAAGCUGGCCUCACAGUUGAUGGACUGCAAUGUAGACGUCCAAUCCAAAGAGAAAGAAAGUGUUCAGGUCACCCAGAAAAAGAUACAUUAUUCAAUGGAUUCUCUUUCCACUUGGUAUAUGAAUGUCACACAGAAGACCGACCCAAAAAUACCAAGAAAAAAGAGGACUCCUUCUAGCCAAUGGCAGUCUCCUCCUGUUGUGCUUAUCUUAAAGGAUAUGGAAAGCUUCACCACAAAAGUACUCCAAGACUUUAUAAUUAUCAGCAGUCAGCAUCUACAUGAAUUUCCACUAAUACUCAUUUUUGGAAUCGCCACGUCUCCUAUUGUCAUCCAUCGGUUGCUUCCUCAUGCAGUAUCAUCUCUAUUGUGUAUAGAACUAUUCCAGUCUUUGUCUUGCAAGGAGCACCUGACUACAGUACUUGAUAAGCUACUUCUUACAGCUCAAUUUCCGUUUAAACUAAGUGAAAAAGUGUUGCAGGUUCUGACCAACAUCUUUUUGUAUCAUGAUUUCUCAAUCCAAAACUUUAUAAAAGGACUUCAGCUUUCUCUAUUAGAACAUUUCUAUUCCCAGCCCCUCAGUGUUCUGUGCUGUAAUCUCCCAGAAGCCAAGAGAAGAAUAAAUUUUUUAUCAGAUAAUCAAUGUGAAAACAUCCGACGUCUUCCAUCGUUUAGGAGGUACGUGGAAAAGCAAGCUUCAGAAAAGCAAGUUGCACUGUUGACCAAUGAGAGAUUUUUGAAGGAGGAAACACAGUCAUUACUAGAAAACCUGCAUGUUUACCAUACAAAUUACUUCCUGGUUUUGAGAUGUCUUCAUCAGUUCACCUCUUCUCUUCCCAAGUACCCACUGGGUCGACAGAUCAGAGAGCUGUACUGCACGUGUUUAGAAAAGAACAUACUGGAUUCAGAGGAGUAUGCAUCGGCUUUGCAGCUGCUGAGGAUGUUGGCAAAGGAUGAACUGAUGGCCACGCUUCAGAAAUGUUUCAAGGUUUUUAAGUCCUCUUCUGAAAAGCAGCUUGGCAACACAGCAAAGAGAAUAGAGGAGUUCCUGGCCCAGUUUCAGAGCCUCGAUGCAGAAGCCAAAGAAGAAGAAGAAGAUACUUCUGAGUCACAGUCAAAGGGACUUCAGAAGACAGACCUCUAUCAUCUUCAGAAGUCAUUACUGGAAAUGAAGGAGUUAAGAAGAACAAGUAAGAGGCAGACCAAGUUUGAAGUCCUCAGAGAACAACUUGUGAGCUUCAUCGACAGUCUGGUGAGAGAAUACCUCCUGCUUCCAGAGACACAGCCUCUGCAUGAGGUGCUGUACUUCAGUGCUGCCCACACCCUUCGCCAGCACCUGAACGCUGCCCCGCGGAUCGCCCUCCAUACCGCACUCAACAACCCAUAUUAUUACCUCAAGAAUGAAGCACUGAGAAGUGAAGAAGGUUGUAUUCCAAAUGUCGCCCCAGACAUCUGCAUAGCAUAUAAACUGCACCUGGAGUGCAGCAGGCUAAUCAACCUUGUGGACUGGUCGGAGGCCUUUGCAACAGUUGUGACAGCUGCUGAAAAAAUGGAUGCAAAUUCUGUAACCUCAGAAGAAAGGAAUGAAAUUAUCCAGUAUCCUUUAAAAUCAAUUCUACAGUGUCCAAAUUGCCUGUGCCUGUUUUUCCUAAUACAAGGAACUAUACCUGGUGAUGUGCCUUGUUAAUAGUGACUUACUGAACACAUUACAGUAACCUGAGUACAGCAGCACACCAGCACUGCCUUUUACUGUAAAAGAAAUAAGAUGACUGCUAGCACACUAAGUUCUGUAGAUACUUACUUACUAGAAGCAGUUUCAGGGCUCUUUGGGAACUCAAAGUGCGGCUGGUGAUUUGCACUAAUCACCACCUACUGGGUCCAUCUAAAUCUCGGAUUAACUAAGUCCAAGAAGUUGCCCGCAUUUUUUAUUUUCUGAAAUUACCUCACACACUACUGAAAAUCAGUAAGCAGCCUAUGAGCUAGGACAUUCUGCUAAGGUGGACAGCAGAAACUUGGCUGUGGAGGAAAUUUUGUUCUUGAUCGAAGCUGCAUCUAGAAUGAAAACAUGUGACUUGCGGCUCCAUUCAGAUUGCCAGCACUGGUUUCCUUUUAGCAUAUCUUGCCCUCUAAAUAUAAAAACCAGCUCUUUUAUAAAUUUAAAUCUACAUAAAAAUUCACACACGCUUAUUAUAUAAAAGAAUGUUCGUCAUUUUGGGGUGAGAAGGGAUAAAGCAUG